AUGGCGUACAAGGCGCUGCACCAACGAUUCGACCUGCUCGCGCCGCCACGCCGCAGCGUAUGGGCGUUAGGCCGGCCACACGAGCGGCAGCGUGCGUGGCUGCGCGACUUUGAGGCUCACUCUGCCACGCCCGUCGAGGACCUCGGCCUGUUCCUCCACAACCUCUUUCUGCCCGAUCUCGGCAGGGCCACCUACGUCCAGAUCAAGGUGCUCACCGCCACCCUGGCAUGUCUGGGCGUCUUCAUCCUCCUCAUCACCGGCCGCAGGCUCUACAAGAGGUCGCUCUGGGUCUUCCGCCUGGUCCAGAGGUCGAACGGCAGCCUCGUUGUCCCGAACCCCGUCUCGGCCUUGACCACCAUCUUCCUUGGAUUCGGCAUCCUCCUGAUCGGCAUGAACGCCCUGUUCCUCCGUUACUAUGAGCAAGGCUGGCGGCCGCGCCACAUCUUCCUCUGGAUCGCCGUCGUGUGGUUCCCACUGGCCAACGGCGCCUACCUGGUGGCGCUCGGGACCUUCUACGCCCGACCCGACGCUCUCCAGUGCAUAUCGCCGUCGCACCCGCCUUCUACGCUUGUCCAGCGGCUCGGCAUCACGCCACGCGUCGUCAACCUCGCCUUCCUGGCCAUCCCCUUCAUCCAGGCCAGCCUGAUCGUGUGGCCGGCGCACCUUUCAGACUUCCACUACCAGUCCGCCCUGGCCAAGUACUACGCGUGGAGGCAGCGGUGGCCCGACUCGACCACCGGGCUCAACAGGGAGAUGCUCCUCGAGGCGCAGGCAAUCUGGUACGAGCUCCUCACCGCCAGCCGCUACCUGUCCGCCACCAACGUGAUCUGGGGGCUCACCUCGCUCUUCAACGGCGUCGCCGAGAUGAUAGUCGGAGGCGCCCUUGUCCUCACCGUCCGGCGUCAGAUCAAGAAGCUGCGGGGCUUCAAGGCCAACAAGUCGUUCAGCGAGUCGUUCGCCCUCGAGCAGCGCAAGAAGGCACUCGAGGGACAAGCCGACGAGGCACAAGAGGGGUCUGGUGGCGGAGCUGCCGGCUCAGCUCCAUCCCGACCUUCCGCUCGACGCAAACUCAGACGUCCGGCCAGGCAUCAGAAGACGCUGGGUGCGACUCUGUGGUCGCUCCACCGCCGCUUUGUGGCCAAAAGGGACGGCAACGACUCCGAUUCGGAAGACGAGGACGAGGAUGAGAUGGUCUCAGUCUGCUUUACACAUGCGCAGGUGAAGGAGGAUCGUCCGGCGCCCACCUUCUUCCCUGCCGUCAAGCCUUCGACGUUCCAGCGUGCUCCCCGGGCGAGCACCAAAAGGGGCACCCGUCAAAAGCGCCAUUAUCUCGAGCGGUUCUGGGUCGACCAUCUGGUGCAGACGAUCGCCAUGGUCGCCGGCUGCAUGAUGUACGCCUUUGGCGGCACGAUCGCCGCGUUGAUCUGGUACCCCUUCUACGAGUCGGGCAAGACCGUGAUCCCCCUCACCUACAUCAUCCUCGCGCCGACCUACAGCGCGGCGGUCUGCGGUCUGGUCAUUUACACGCUCAUCCUGGGCCGGACUUACGAGCCUCUCCUCAGCAGCAAGGGCGACGACCAGGACGCCGCACCGCCUCAGAGGCCGGCGCCAAAGGCCGAGGAUGUCCAAGUCGGAAGGCGUCCCAGCGCCCGCGCCGCCCGUGACGCGCGAGGACGGGGGAGACGUCCCUCGACGGCGGGAGACGAGUCAGACUUCGAGUCCGAUACGCACGGCGACACGACCAAGCAGCGGACGGCCACAUCUGGCUUCACAGGACAGAGCAGCACAGCAUUUGAUACAGUCGACCUCGGCAAGCAAGCCGACAGCUACGAGGCAAUCGAGGACAUGCCCUCGGAUAUCAAGGAUGCGCGCCGGCACGGCGAGACCCCCUUCGUGUCGACCCUGAGCAUCGCAUCGACCGCGGCAGUCUCGAACCUGCACAAGACGAGCGACGCCUCUCUCUACAGGGACAGCGACCAUGCGGAUAGCAAGACGGAUGGCGUGGACACCGCGAGCCAGCCUUGA